AUGGCGACUGUCAUUCACAACCCCCUGAAAGCGCUCGGCGACCAGUUCUACAAGGAGGCUAUCGAGCACUGUCGGAGCUACAACUCGCGGUUGUGCGCCGAGCGCAGUGUCCGGCUGCCCUUCCUGGACUCGCAGACCGGGGUGGCCCAGAACAACUGCUACAUCUGGAUGGAGAAGCGGCACCGGGGCCCAGGCCUUGCUCCGGGCCAGCUGUACACAUACCCUGCACGCUGCUGGCGAAAGAAGAGAAGAUUGCACCCUCCUGAGGAUCCGAAGCUGCGGCUGCUGGAAAUAAAACCUGAAGUGGAGCUGCCCCUGAAGAAGGACGGGUUCACCUCAGAGAGCACCACGCUAGAAGCCUUGCUCCGAGGCGAGGGGGUUGAGAAGAAGGUGGACACCAGAGAGGAGGAGAGCAUCCAGGAGAUACAGAGAGUCUUGGAAAACGACGAAAAUGUAGAAGAAGGCAAUGAAGAAGAGGAUUUAGAAGAGGAUAUUCCCAAGCGAAAGAACAGGACCAGAGGACGGGCCCGUGGCUCUGCCGGUGGCAGGAGGAGGCAUGACCCCACCUCUCAGGAAGACCACGACAAACCUUACGUCUGUGACAUCUGUGGCAAGCGCUACAAGAACCGACCAGGACUCAGCUACCACUACGCUCACACUCACCUGGCCAGCGAGGAGGGGGAUGAAGCUCAAGACCAGGAGACCCGGUCCCCACCCAACCACAGAAAUGAGAACCACAGACCCCAGAAAGGACCGGAUGGGACAGUCAUUCCUAAUAACUACUGUGACUUCUGCUUGGGAGGCUCCAACCUGAACAAGAAGAGUGGGCGGCCUGAAGAGCUGGUGUCCUGUGCAGACUGCGGACGCUCUGGUCACCCAACCUGCCUGCAGUUCACCCUGAACAUGACUGAGGCUGUCAAGACCUACAAGUGGCAGUGCAUAGAGUGCAAAUCCUGCAUCCUCUGUGGGACCUCGGAGAAUGAUGACCAGCUACUCUUCUGUGAUGACUGUGACCGUGGCUACCACAUGUACUGUUUAAACCCCCCUGUGGCUGAGCCCCCAGAAGGAAGCUGGAGCUGCCACUUGUGCUGGGAACUGCUCAAAGAGAAAGCCUCAGCCUUCGGCUGCCAAGCCUAGGGCCCCGGGUCACCGCAGGUGACUUGCUGCUGGAGAGGUUGAACCAGAGCCCAGUUCAGAGCCGAUUGAGCCCCUCCUCCCGUGUAUCCAGACAGACCAACUGUGAGGAAAGCCAGUAACCAGAGGGCGUGACACGCGGAACCAAGAGGGCGAGCUGUCUACGUAGCUCCCACACACCGGUCUCCACACUCCAGCCCGCCCGCCUUUUUUCAACCAGAAGGAUCUUGCACUUUUGGAGAACAGCCCAGCACUGCGGCCCUCUCACUGGUUCCCACCAUCUGUUACUCGUGUGUGUGCUGUUUCUACCUAUUGUCUUCUAAGAAAUCUUCUCCCAGCCUCCUGCCUCCAGCUUAGGCUCUUCCCCCUGAAGUCAGUGGAAGAACAAAGGGCUGUGAGGAAGCCUCUCUGGAAACUUCUAGACCCAGAGCCUGGAGGCCGUCUUGAUAGUGAAAGUCCCUCCUUGUUCCUGGUCUGCUUGAAGAGGAAGAGCUGCCUUCUGGACC